AGAAAAGAAAAAAUGCUCACAGGACCAUAACCUCAGCAUCUAGAAGUUUUCGCACUUUAUUGCUAGUAAAGUUUUUACAAUUUUCUACCGGAAAACGAUCGAUUUUCGGGACUCGCGCGUGUUGAUUCAACAGUUCCCGGUCGGAUUUAUCGUUACGAAAUAAAAGAAUCUGCGAUCGCAGCCAUUUAUCGGCUAAAAUAGCACUUUUCGGCAGAACAGGCGAGCCCGAAGAAGAAGGAAAAUAUGCCUCCCAAACCAUUGGACAUGAAAGUCGCAAAUUAACCGCAGCCGGACAAACCACCCAGCUUUAUAAACCGAUUCGAGAAUAUUGAAUCAUCACCGCUUCUGAUAAGGGGGCAGUUUCGAGGAGCACGCAGCAAGGUGAAGUUGAAAUUUUGUCGAUUUCCUUAGGAAAGCAAGAGGGAAGAAAGAAGCACUGAUAGUCGUAGUGCCUCCCGGAGGAUUUCGGAGGGCGGAGGAAGCAGGAGGCGGACAUUCUUCGUUGGUUGUAUAUUAUUCUUCAAUAUAUUAGAAGCCACCUCUGGCUGGAGGAAGAGGAAAGAGAGCGUCGUGGAAGAAACGUACAGAAAAAAAGUUUCAAGGGACUGCUCGGCGGUUUUGGUUGGCCCUCCUCCUGCGCAAUUGAAUGUGCAACACGAUGAUCGAAACGACGGACAAGUGCACCGAUGCCAGCGUAGUGGAAGAGGAGGACGAUUCCAAGCUGCCGAUUAGCUUUGUGUACGCCCGCCACCUGGACCGCAUCGAAGGUAUCAACUGUAUCACGCAGAGUUGGCGCGUCAAGGAGCGCAUGAAAACGGUCAGCGUGGCGCUGGUCCUGUGUCUGAACGUGGGUGUCGAUCCACCGGAUGUGGUUAAAAUACAGCCCUGCUCGCGGCUCGAGUGCUGGAUCGAUCCGUCGUCGGUGUCGCCGCAGAAAGCGAUGGAAUUGAUCGGAAACAACCUCCAAAAGCAAUACGAACGCUGGCAGCCGCGGGCCCGCUACAAGCACUCGCUCGAUCCGACCGUCGAGGACGUCAAGAAGCUGUGCACGUCGCUGCGACGCAACUCGAAGGAGGAACGCGUCCUGUUCCACUACAACGGCCACGGCGUGCCGCGACCCACGGUGAACGGCGAAAUUUGGGUAUUCAACCGGACGUACACGCAGUACAUCCCGCUGUCGAUCUACGACCUGCAGACGUGGAUGGGCGCCCCGUCGAUCUACGUGUACGACUGCUCGAACGCGGGCAUCAUCGUGAACAGCUUUAACACGUUCGCCGAGCAGCACGAGAAGGAGCUGGAGCAGAUGCGGGCACGCAGCGGCAGCACGGCGGGUCAUUCCGAUCCGGAAGCUGCGAAUAGGAACUCGCCUUCGCCGCCGAUUCUCGGCGCGACCACGUACAAGAAUUGCAUUCAACUGGCGGCCUGCGCCGCCAAUCAGAUUUUGCCGAUGAACCCGCAGCUGCCGGCGGAUUUGUUCACGUCGUGUCUCACGACACCGAUUCGGAUAGCGCUCAAGUGGUUCAUCCUGCAGUCCACAUCGAAGUUGGUGCCGCACGUGACGGAGGAUUUGAUUGAUCGCAUUCCGGGUCAGUUGAACGAUCGGCGGACAAUGUUGGGCGAGUUGAAUUGGAUAUUCACUGCGAUUACGGACACAAUCGCGUGGAACACGCUUCCUCGGGAUUUGUUCCAGAAGUUGUUCCGCCAGGAUCUGCUCGUGGCGAGUUUGUUCCGCAAUUUUCUGCUUGCGGAGCGAAUUCUGCGCUCGUACGACUGUACGCCCAUCUCGAGUCCUCCGCUGCCGCAGAGCUAUCGACACCCGAUGUGGUCCGCGUGGGAUCUGGCUCUGGAUUUGGCACUUUCGCAGUUGCCGGACAUUCUGGAGAAGAACAAACGCUUCAAACAUUCGCCCUUCUUCGAGGAGCAGCUGACCGCGUUCCAGGUUUGGCUUGAGGGCAGUUCGGAGCAGCGAAGUCCACCGGAGCAGCUGCCGAUAGUGUUGCAGGUGCUGCUGUCGCAGGUUCAUCGAUUGCGUGCCUUGGAGCUGUUGGGACACUUUUUGGAUUUGGGCCCGUGGGCGGUGAAUUUGGCGCUUAGCGUGGGUAUUUUCCCUUAUGUGUUGAAACUGUUGCAGAGUUUGGCGAAAGAGUUGCGUCCGUUUUUGGUGUUCAUAUGGGCGAAGAUCCUUGCGGUGGACGGGACGUGCCAGAUUGAUUUGAUUCGCGAUCAAGGACACAAGUACUUUUUGGCGGCGCUACAAGACACUAGUCCGUGUCCGGGAUUUAAGGGCAAUCAUCGGAUUUACGCCGCGUUCGUGCUGGCCAGCAUUGUUCACAACUUUCCGAUUGGACAGGCAAACGCACUGCAGGGCCAGCUGGUGUCCAUCUGCUUGGAUCAGUUGAACGACGAAAAUCCUGUGCUGCGACAGUGGUUGACGAUCUGUUUGGGACAUCUCUGGCAAAACUACGAGCAAGCCAGGUGGUCCGGAGUGAGAGACAAUGCGAACGAGAAGUUGUACCCGCUGUUAAGUGAUCCCAUUCCGGAAGUUCGAGCGGCAGCAGUCUACGCGCUGGGUACGUUCAUAAGCUCCGUAACGCAACGAUCGGAUCACGCGAAUAACAUCGACCGAUCGACGGCGAUGCACCUGUUCAACACGGUUUGCAACGACAUGAGCCCGUUGGUGCGGAUGGAACUGAUCGCAUCUCUUCAGUGGAUGGUUCGGUUCUUCGAGAAUCAAUUUGUGUCGGUGUUUCUACAGGAGACGGCCAGCGGAGGCCAUCACGUAGCCUCAAAUCACCACUAUCACAGUUUAGAGCGGACUAUUAACAUUAAACGUGUUUCGAGUACUAGUAAUAUAAUAAAUGUAGGCAAAAAUUCCGUUAGUGUCGGAUCUAUUUACCAAAAGCUGUGGAACGGUUUGAACGCUCUCGCGAAGGACCCCUUCCCGGCGGUAGCAGCCAUGGCCCAGAAAGUGGUAGAACACGUCGGCAAACAAGGCUACGAACUGGCCAAGGAGGCCACCACGUCGGAGAAGUGCAUGAGCUUGCCACCCUCACCAAACACCCGCAUCAACUAUCUCGGCGGAGAAUCCCCUCCGAUCCACGGCCAUCUGAACCAAUCCACGCACCACACGCCACUCCCAAGCAAAAAGAAGCUCGGCCCCAUCAGCGACGGCGCCGAACUACCCACAAUGACCGCAACACCCCAAGCAACUCCACAGCAUCCGGACCAACAAAUGCCUCCGCCGCCGUCGACGCCGCAACCGGUGACGCAGCAACAGCCACCGGCCGUCACCCCGAUCGUCACCACCAACUACAUCGACUGGUCGGUGAGCUUCUUCGCGCGCCCCUCCAAGUUCCUCAACGAGGGCAAACUCAACACGGCGUCCGAUCAAAACUCGACCGAGUAUCUGGACCGGCAGUCGCGCUGUCUGCGAAACCGGAUCGUCCGCGACGAGGGACGCGAGCAGCAGCGACGGGCCGUGUUUGGCCGGCUGGACACGCAGAGUUGGUCCUGCCGGACGCAGCACACGCCCACCAUGGUGAAGCUGAACCCGUACGACGAUCAGAUUGCGGUCGCUUACAAGGACCGCGUAAUCCUGCAAGAUUGGAGCACGGACAUCACCAGUUCGUUCAUCCCGUUCAAGCAGCAACCGUCGCAGCAGCACCAGUCGAUCUUUCUUGACCAGAACCGGUUCCAAAGCACACUUCCCGCGCCCGUCUCCGUUUCCUCGCUCGACUUUAUCAACGCCCACGACGUCGGCCUGGUGCUGGUAGCCUACAGUGACAGCGUGAUCCGGGUGUGGCGUCCGGCGGAUGCGAACCGGGAGUCUGCCCUGGUCACCGCGUGGCACGGGCUGUUCGACUUCAACUCGCCCACCACGGCCAAGGUCGGCACGAGUGAGCUGGGCCUGGUGAUGGCGUGGCAUCAAAAGACGCAAACAAUUAUGGCGGCCGGCGAGGCCAAGUACGUUCGGCUGUGGGACGCCGAGCGGGAAAUGAAAGUCUGUGAUAUCCCGAGCGGGACGGACACGACCAUCAUCAAGCUGUCGUGCGCGCCGAACGGCAUCUUUGCGGCCGGAUGUAACGACGGCAGUGUGAGGUUGUUCGAUCGAAGGUGUGCCCCUGCGGAAGCGCGGUUCGCCACAUUCCGCGAGCAUUUGAACCCAAUUUUAACCGUUUGCCUGCGGGACGACUGCGAAAGCCUAGUUUCCGCGUGUACAACGUCCACCGUGCGGUUGUACGACAUCCGGAAGACGGCCGCAUCGGUUCAGCACUGGAGUGCCGGGUCGGACGUCUCCGCCAUGAGCAUCCACUCGAGUGCGGACAUUGUGGCGUGCGCAACGAGCGUCAUCACCGUGUACGGACUGGACGGAACCAGUCUGAACACGAUCCGGUGCAACGAAGGAUUCAUGGGCACCAAGAAGGGUGUCACGUCGUGUUUGUCGUUCCACAAGCACAAACUCAGCCUGGCGGCGGGUUUCAACGAUAACACGGCGGCCGUGUUCGUGACGGACCGGAAAUGAUCCGGAAGUUGGAACGGCGUGUUCGCUUUUGGUUGAGUGAGCCUGGAUAGGCAAACUACGAAUGAAUUUAUCGUAGAGUUAAAGUGGCUUCGCUAAAUAUGCUUCAACAGUAAGUAUACAAGGACAAGGAACUGCUCUUGAGGCGCACCGAGCACGCUGCAAGCCUGUGCUGCUGCAUACAACUAUUUAGCUAAACUUGCUUUUUAAAGCAUAACCUUGCUAGAUAUAGUUCUAUAAAAAUCUGAGCAAUCUACCGUUGUAGAAGAUGUAUACAUCUUAAAAGGGGCAGGAUAAAAGUCAAAUGGCGGUUAGCUUCACAUAUAGGAUAUAUUUACCGAAUGGAUUGUAAGUCAAAUAGAGUAACGCAAAAAGUCAGUCGAUUUCUCUUGCCGCUUUCCACCAGAGCAAUUAUGUCUAUUAUCAUAAACUGUACUCAAAAACCGGGAUGUUUAUUGCUCAAAAUGAUGUUAAAAAAAACAAAACUGAACUCAAACCACGCAUGCAAUAGCAAGGAGGACGACGAGGCCGAUUCCGGCUGCGACAAAACCCCGUAGGUUUACUAAACGUGCUGCAUUAGAGUAUAUAAUUCAGAGUCAGGACGUAGAGUGGACAGCUACCAAACAAAACGCUUCACAGUAAGACACAGUACCCUUAUCUCCACAGAGGUGCCGCAAUAUAACACUAAAACCCACACACACACUCAAAAUAUUUAGAGAAAAUAUCGCGUAACCGUAAAAUGUAUCGAGUCGCCACCGUGUGAAAAUGCCUUUCUGUAAACUAUUUUGUUAGAGUCGGCGCGCUGCGAUGAUGCAUUGUACAGCUUGUUAGAUUUGUUCUUAGCGUUAGCGUUAGAGAUGAACACUACUAUCGGCGCAAAGUUAGUUGUAGAAAAAAAACACUGAUUGUGAAAUAUGUAAAGUUUAGCCUUAUUUAAAACAGUACCUCAUACUGAUAGCAAAGUCGAAUUGGUCCUUGGAAGAUUUUAGUUUUUUUUUAUAUAUUGCAAACAAAGUCAUAUUAUGGAAUAUAUAUUAUACGUUUAUGCAACUUUUGUAUAAAAUACGCUUAAGAAUGUAUUUUACAAUUGUACAGUUAGUUUUGCAGAGCGAAAAAUACACCAUUGGAAAAUA